AUGACACAGACCAACUCAUGGAAUGGUAGAAUGCCGAAUUCAAACGGUACAACCAAUGGUGCUCGAAGAUCGAUCAUGUGUUAUGCACCAUCUGUUGAUCAACCUCCUCGUUAUCAACAGCAACAACUAGAUCAUUCUGCACAUGCAUCAGCAGAACACAACCCUACUUCAUCCUCUUCCAGUAUUUCCAAGAGUGGUAAUCACUCUUUCCAUGUAAAGUUUCAUCAAUAUGGAGGUUCGCAUCAACCUAAUACUACCACUACUACUGCUACAACAACAGAUUCAAGCUCGUCAACCCCCUGUUCCUCCUCAUUCUACAAGCCCCGUCCACCAGAUCAAGCAGAAAUUGUACCGAAACAAACUACCAAAACUACGCAACAACAAGAUUCGAGCCACAACGUUGCAAAAAAGAGACUUUCUCGCUCCAAGACGAUGAACAAUAAUAUUACAUCAACAAGAACAACAACUCCUCCUCCUAUUGAUAACAAUAAUAAUAAUAAUAACGAAACUAGCUCAAAUUCUCCUCAAAAGCUUGCAUCCGAAGUAACGUCCAUACAUGCUGCUGCUACCAAUACAACUUCCAAUCACCACGCACAUGUACCAACAACAACAAUACCCAAAUCAUCAUCAUCUUCAACAACAACGACUAAUAUCAAAUUCCACAUGUUGGAGGAUCCAAUGCUGAGAGCCAAUGAUGACCACCGAAGUAAUUUUGUUCGCAUUGAUGAAGAACAAAUUCGAAAAGUUUUUCAUUUGACACAACGGCAAGCUGCAAGCUUCCUCGGGGUGAGCUUAUCAACGUUGAAACGAAGGUUCUACGAGAUGAGAGAUUCGUUGAAAAUGGAUAAAUGGCCCACAACAGCAGCAUCACAAGCUUUGAACAAUGUAAAUACAUCAUCCUCGGCUACUACUUCAACAACAGUUUCAUCAUCAGGUAAAAAAGGAAGUAAUAGUAAAACUACAUCGCCCUCGCAAACACCACCUCCUUCCUCGUACCAGGCAGCACAACAACAACCUAUGCCCAACAUGCAAUUACAUCGAAACGAAUCUCACCAUUCCACAAGUAAUAAUUAUUAUUCGUAUUCUGACCGUAUUCAAUCGCAACAAGAUCCUUCAUUAAUGAGCAUGCAGGGUGGUGGUCUUGUCAACAAUUCGACUUUGACAUCUCCUUCUGCCAUGCUUUCGCAUGAAAUGAACAAACAUGAUGCAACUUCAUUUACCAAUAAUAGUUAUGAUGGAGGUGAAGGCAUGAACUACAAUGUAAGGUUUUCUAGAGGGUCAUAUCCACCUUGUGAGCAACACCCAUCUUAUCAUCAACCUCAAUAUCAUUCGCAUCGUAACAUUCCUUCAUCAACAAGCCAUUCCUUCUACUCAAACGAUCAAGUUACAGAAUCUACACGCAUGUCUUCCUUCUCGAAUCAAGGAACCAUGACCAACCAAGCACCACAAAUCAUGGAAAACCCCAAAUAUUCCCUUCCUAAAUUUGUUAACACUCCACCCUCUGGCAUGUUCUUUGAAAACCCUCUGAAUAACAUGUUUGCAGCAACGUUCGCUUCCUCAACCAAAAUGAGAGCUUCUCCAUCCAAUAUAGAUUCUUCCUUAAACUCUUGCCCUCAACAACAUUCAUAUUCCUCAGCGCUCAAUCCACCACCAGCACAUUAUAUUCCUAGAGAAGAACAUGAAGAACAUUCACCAAUUAUAUUGCCCUCAAUUUCAUCCACCUAUCCAGAAAGUAUCCAACACUCUCAUUACACCACUUUACCCACUCAAUACAGGGAGCUCAAAUCUGGUUGCAGUAGUGCAACUUUAGAGUCUUCCUCUCACAAAAUUUCCAAACCACACAAAAUGAAAUCUCAUACUAAUGUUUCACCAACAGAUGAGGAUGACCAUGCAAGAAAUGGACUCAAAUCCAAUAUGAGCUUUAUUCUCAAUCACUCUGUGAAGGAUCCCACUCAUUUGGAUUCUGAGGAAUGGAACACCUUAAUGAAUGCUUUCAAGCACCGAUAA